GCGGUUUUCCAAUACGAAAGUACUUUUUACCAUGAGUAGCCUAGAAAGUGCCCAGGUGGAACAAGUAAAUCAGAAUGUGUAGCAGAGAGUCUUUAUCCAGACGGUGUGUGCUGGUCAAAAAAGUUCCAGAGGAGUUCAUAUACCAAUGUAUCUACAAUAUUCGUGGUGUUGAAAAGUGUCAACGCCAUAAUGAACUCAGUAUUGGCAAUGGAGAAGAAACGUUGAUUGUUUUGUUUAGAAGCGAAGAAGAUGCAGAAAAUCUGUUAAAGAAAGGUUAUGUUACUUUAGAUUCGAGUGGAAAAAUGUUUGAUCUUCCGGUUGUAGGCUGUUCAGAAUUCUUCAUUCCAAAUGAUUGGAUAUAUCCAUUCCAUAAACUUGAUUUAUCAUUUAUCAACACAAUGGAAGACAGUAUACGUAUGAAGAGUGUAGGGCUAAUGGAGGAAGGCAAGAAGAUUGAUUGUGAUAACACGAAUGUCAAAGUGGGAAAAGAAAAAGAAGACAAGCUAGAGGAUAUAGAGAGCCAAGACAUAUACAUUCCUAAGUUUACCAUUCCAUCUAUAACAUCUCCUUAUAAUAGUACUGUGGCACAAGUGGCGGUGUUGUCUGCAGAAAAUUUCCAAAGGGAAGAAAUAAAAGAUUUGGAGAAACAGCAAAGGAGGGAGAGUUAUGUAAAAAAGGAGAAACUAUGCACAGAGAGUCCAAGACCCUCUGUAGGUAGAUCAGAGGAAAGGACACAUGGACACGAAGAAGAAGAAACUGAUGAGGAAACAUCAUUUGACACAGUGAGAGUAAGAUUAAGGAAGCCACUGUCACAGGGUGCCAUAGAAAACUAUUUUGAGAACAGGAGAAAGUCUGGGGGAGGAGAUAUUGAGUCAUUUGAAGUCAUCAAGGAAGAGGAUGAACAAAUACUAGAAGCUUUGAUCACAUUCAGACAAUCCAGUGAUGCCAAGUCCUGCUUACAGAGGAGGCAUAAAAUAGGUGGACAUAAUUUAACAGUGGAAAAAUAUGAUUUAAACGACCCUGAAAUGUGGGAGAUGAAUAAAGUGCUGGUGAAAAACCUCUUCCCAGGGACAACUGAUGACACACUGAUGAAUUAUUUGGAGCCAGCUGCUGGAGUGGAUCCAAUAGAGGUGGUCCGAGGGUCAAAACCUGAUACAGUGAUUGUAGUGUUUGAGGAGAAACCAGAUUUUUCCAAGAUGUCAAAACGCUGCAAUUCUAGAAAACUCAAUGGCAAGUCAUUGUUCAUACAAAUGGUGGAGAAAUGUAGAUCAGUGUAUGCUCAAGACAUUGAUGAAAGCUUCACGUAUGACACAGUGGAGAAUUUCUUCUGUAACAAGAAAAGGAGUGGAGGUGGCGAGGUGGAGGAGUUGGAUUACCAUCCAGAAGACGGAUACUGUGUGGUCCUGUUUGAAAAUCCAGAAGAUGCUGAGAAUGUGGCAUCAAGAGAGAAAUUUACAAUGAAUGGAAAAGAAAUAAAAGUACAAAUGUUGUAUUCUCAACUAGGUUUGCCAGAGCAACCAAUUAAUUGGGCAGACUUGCCCUCCAUUAUCUUUCCAUGUGAAAAACACUUUAUAAAGUUUGUCAAGAAUUGUGAGGUGGUAGCCAAGGAAAUUGACAAUACAAUGCAGCAGAAGUUUGUAAAAGUUGAAUGGCCGAAAUCAAAAUCAGAUUUUAAUGUGAAACUGCUUUGCUCAGUAACCAAAGAGGUGGAAAAUGCUAGAGGUAAUCUAAAAAAAUGGAAAGAAGAAGCCGAGAAAAGCAUGAAAAGCUUGGUGGGCAAGUAUUCAGUCCAAAAACACUCGAUUUCACCUGAAUCUUGGGGGAAUUUUCUGGACAAGUUAAACAUGCUAAAUAUUGAUCACCCGGAAAAAGUAGCUGUUUCAUUAGAAGCCAAACAACAUGUAGUUGUUGUAGUUGGAUUAGAGGAAAAUACAGAGGCUCUGACACGAAAAAUCCUAGAUAUUGUGAAAGCAGAGGAAUUGAAAAUAAAAACUCAGAAAGAGAAAAUUGAGAAAAAUGUUCCUUUAGAUUUUCACAAAUGCCAGCAACUUUUGAAUACAGAUUAUCAAAGAAUGAUUAAUGAUUUUCCAGAUGUGGAAAUAAAGAUUGGUAAAAAAGGAGUAAACUUUACAGGAAAGCCCAACGACGUGAAUGAAGCCAUAAUUAAAAUGCAUGAAUAUUUGAUAAAUACAAAAUCUAAAAGCAUAUUUCAAGGGAUAAAUGAAGGUUUUAAAACAAAGGAAGUAAGGAAGUUUCUCGCAAAGAAUCAAAAAGGAGGCGGGGACCAAGAUGUUUAA